UCGAGACGGUGUCGUUUUGAAAGAGACGUGCGUUGCGAUGUGACCGCUCCAAUCGUUGUAAACGCAUGAAGUGAUUCCCGAGAGAUACGCUAUUACUGAUUAUCGAGUGCUGACGAGGAACGAGGCCGUGUUAAACCGGCGGACCCGGCCGGCAGCAUGUUCCACACAAAGAAGGACGUCGAUCGGCAUGUGCAGCAGGUCUUCAGCAAACUGUGGAACCAGAACGAGAAAAACCUUCGUUCCUACAAUGUUGCCAAACUGUAUUAUCAAGUAGGUGAUUAUGAGUCUGCAAAGAGAUACGUGUCUAGCUACUUAGAGGUACGAGAUAAUUCUGCUAGCGCACACAAGUUACUGGGUCAGGCAUACGAGGCUCUAGGUCAAAAGGAAGCAGCUUUGAACGAGUAUAAAACAUCUCUUGAACUUGAAGCACGGCAGGAUGAUCUUGUUUUGAAAGUGUGCGAUUUACUGACUGACACAGAUGUAGGAAUGGAUGCCAAUAAAAUCAAGUAUUGGAUAGAACGGGCCGACAAACAUUUCCCGCAUCAUCCGGUGGUUUUUAAGUUGAAGGAAAAGUUAUUGACUGUGGACAGGCCGAACGGCCACAAUGAAGAUCUCGAGGCGCUCAUCAUAUCGGAAUUGAAUGCAAGACCGAAUGAUGUCCAGCUCCGUGUCAAAUUGCUGAAGCAUUACAUGUCAAAGCACAGAUAUGAAAACGCUUACGAACACGCCGCCAGUGUGGAAGCCACUCAUAGCUACAGGAACAGCAUCGUGUGGUAUCAAACGCUAUGCGAGUUACUGACAAAGUGUAAAGAAAGCAUAUAUUCCGAUUGGUCUUUCUGGGUACUCCUCAUUUCUUCCUUGGAAAGAUACGCAGCACUGUCUCUGAAGGAGCAGGGCAACGAAAUCAAGAAGAACGUUCCAGAAGCAACUCAAGCAGUAUUUAACUUUGACCAGAACCUGUACGAGUUGAAGGUAAAGAAUUUCUCCAAGCAUCAUGUCUUCGCAGAGCACAUGCUCACACAUAUGUGGGGUCAAUUGCACUUGCAUUUGGCAUGCUUGUUGCUACGCAAAACGAAACGGGAACAGGGCAGCUGGAGUGAAGCGGGCAGACUGUGCGCACCUCUGUUGUUAACCGCGCUACAAGUGACUCCUAUAGACCCCACUGCUACGUGGACUGUGCACAUAAAGGAUCCAUCUAAGAACCUAAUCAAUUUAUGGCACACAGAGGGCUCGUAUCGAUGCAGUCAAGCCGGCCACGUUCUUCAAGAUUACGCUAAAGAUAAUACAAAAAAACUAAUGGACAAGAUCGAUAAAUUUUGCACUGGGAAGUGGAGAGAACGUGUUUACCAGAGAAUUUUUGUAAGCAGGAUACACCUCGAUCACAUACGGAAAUCAUAUUUUUGCUAUCAUUCAGUACCUCACUCGCCUUUGCGCCUCUGCUCGCAAAAUGAGCUAAAACAUUACGACGAAGUUGCCGAACGAGUGUGGCCGGCUUCGUUGCAUCAUCAAGUCUGGCUCGGCAUACAGAGUCGUUCGCACCACUCGCCGAGCAAGGACGGCAGCCCGCAGCCGCACCGGCACUCCCACGUGUUCUCGGACCUGCAGUUCUCGGCGUACAACGUGAGUCAGGCCGCGCCGGACAGCCUGUGCCAGCUCGACGUCGACGCGUUCCUCAACGCGGCGAUACUCUGUUCGUCGGCGAUCGUGGAGGAGCAGCAGCUGAGCAGUUUCCUCAGUCCCGACCGGUUGCCGACUUUGCCGGCCGACCUGACGUCGACUUUCUGCACGUGUAACCAGGAGAAGUGGUGGUCCGCCGCUUACAGGAUGUACUCCAAGCAGAAAGACAUCGAGGGCGACAUCGGGCAGCUGAGACACGAGUUGCAGCAGGGUCUCGAGGUCGUCCGCUGCAUCGGCAAUCACGGCCUGCAUCCGGUGCUGCUGGUCCACCUGGCGCGCAUAUUCCAGUACCGCACGAAGGUGCUGAAGGAGAAGGACAAGGAGCACGGCGAUAUCUCGGCGUUGGAGGCGCGCGCCGAGCUCUACUGGAGCACCGCUGUGCCCCUGCUCGAGCGUCUGCAGAACAACCAGACGAUACGCAUGUCGGCGUCGAGGCUGUUCAACUACCAGGGCAAGGAUAUGAACAACAUCGAGCUGACCAACGCUCUCGAGGAGGGCAAGCUGCUGCUGGCCCAGAAGUUCGUGCGCGACAAGCAGUACGAGCAGGCGAUCGACGCGCUGCAGGCGCUCAAAUGCCCGGACGCGUCGUUCCAGCAGGCGCAGAUCUACAAGCUGUUCGCGGACGAGAUCGUCAACUCUAUGCCGCGCGAGAGCCUCACCUCGGAGAUGCGCUCCCAGCACAUCAUAAUGCUCUCGAAAGCGAGGAACUGCUACUACCUCACUCUCGACCGGCUGCGCAGCCCCGGCAUGAACCCGAAGCACCCGUUGAACUCGGAACUGGGCACUCACAUCGCCGACAUCGAGAACGAGCUGAAGAGGAUCGACCCGGACCUGGGCAGGAGCGACUUGAGUAGGAACGACUGCGACGGUAUGUCCGACGAGAGUUACUCGCCCGCUCACAGCGCCGUAGAUCAGACGGUCGCCAAUACGACCCUGCCGAACCUGACCGGACACAACAUCCUGAGCACGCCCCAGAGGAACACCCAACGCGCGCCCAAGCAGAGCAGCACGCCCUGCCGGCCGCUCCACCACGAUAUCUUGGAUCUGUCGCGUAAUCGCACCGAGGCGCGCCCGAGCCCGGAGCGCCUCGACGCGCAGAUACGUCAGAUCAUGCACUCGAGGGACAACGUGGUGCAGGAAUUGGUCGAGCAGAUGAAGGGCAUGACCGAUCACAUGAAGACGCUGACGGAGAAGAUGGAGGGCCUGAUGAAAGAGAUGGUGGAGUUGCGCAAAGACAAUCAGAAACAAUACCAGCAGCAGCAGCAGCACCAACGUGUACAGCAGCAGGUGAACAUGAACGCCAAUGUCGAGGACGACUUCUACGUCCUCGACAACGACGAGUACGCCGACUUGAACUACGCGAAUCAGUCCGGCCAAGCGGCGUCCGCGAUCUCCGGCAACAUGUUCACGCCGCCGCACCGCCAUCCCUAUUCAUCCCUAAUGUACCCCUCCGCGACCACGUUCCAAGGUUACUACCAGGGCGGGCUGCCCGGGUUCAGCGACCCGAACGCCCAGGCGAUACAGUCCCUGUACCCGCACAUGUACUCGAUGCCGAUAUAUCCGAACCGGUCGGCGAAGGUGCCGGAUAAUCUGCUCCAACAGGGCUACUUCGCGUCCCGACUGUCCGAUAUCAUGUCGAUACCGGCGACGAAUCCGCCGCCUACGCUGCAGAUGCCAUUGCAGAAGGUUGUCGAGCCGCCGCCGGUGAAGCCUCCCAGCGAGCCGAGCACGGCGACGACCGUCAUCAAGGACGCGCCGGUUAACAAGGCGCCGCCCGUCAACGUGGUGAUCACGACGUCCGACACGCUGCCGACCACGGUGCCGCUCGUGCAGCCGACCUUGAGCGUCACCAUACCGCCGCAGUAUCGACUGGGUGGCAUCGUCAGCACGACGAUCACGACGACGACGGAGUCGUCGUCCUCCUCCAACGCGCCUCACUGCUACCAGAUCUCCAUGCCGUCUCAGGCCACUAUACCGACCACCGUCAAUCUGCCGCCCCUGCUGCCCACGCUCACCACCACGCCGGCUGGUAUGCAGACCAUGCAGACCGCGGACUCGCACCGCAGCGGAUUGGCCGACAAGAGCGGGAUCUACGAGCCGGUCGAGUCGCCGAACACCUCGACGGAAGUGGAGCACGACCCGAUACCCGACUUCGUGCCGGUCAUACCGCUGCCGGCUGAGGUGAAGGUGACCACUGGCGAGGAGGACGAGGCCACGCUGUACUGCGGCCGCGCCAAACUCUUCCGCUUCGUCGACAAGGAGUGGAAGGAGCGCGGGGUCGGCUACGUGAAGCUGCUGCGGAACAUCGAGGGCAAGGUGCGCCUGCUGAUGCGCCGCGACCAGGUGCUGAAGAUCUGCGCGAACCACAUGCUGCGCCCGGACAUGGAGCUGACCGGCAUGGCGAACAACAACAAGGCCUGGUGCUGGGUGGCGAACGAUUUCGCCGACGAGGAGGUGAAGCUGGAGAAGCUCUGCAUCAAGUUCAAGACCGCGGAGGAAGCGUUGGCGUUCAAGGAAGCCUUCGACAAGGCCAGGCUCGGCCUGGCCGCGGCGAGCCUCCCCGUGUCUUCCGGCGAGAAGGACGCGCAGAAGCCGCAGGCUAAGAUCAGUCUGACCGCCGAAGCCGCUCCGGACAAGCCGAAGAGUGGCACGACCACUCUGGGAGGAUUCUCCUUCACCUCGAAGCCCAUCAUCCAGGAGGUCGGCGACACGACGGGCGAGUCGAAGAAGCCCGAUGAGGCGCCGAAGGUCAGCCCGUUCACCGGGUUCUACUUCACCAAGCCCACGACCACCGGCGCCGUUACCAGCGCCUCGACACCCUCCACCGGCUUCGUGUUCGCCACGACCGCGACUCCGGUCACGACCACGCCGUCCGACGUGACAGGCUCGGGCGCUGCGCCCGGCGCGUCGCCGAUAUUCACCGUCCACUCGGCCAACUUUGACCAGAACCCCAGCCUCAACACGCUGCUAAGGAGACCCCGCAUGCCGGCGCCCGGUGUCGCGAAGGUGGGCUCCCACCACGAGAGGGAAGUACGGCCGCAGGCCGAGAGCGAGCAGAAGCUGUUCGACGGCCAGGCGAGCCUCCAGUGUCAGAACAGCGACACCAAGCAGUGGGAGAACAAGGGCACCGGCUCGAUGAAGUUACUAUUGGACGUGAAGUCCGGCAAGCUUCGCUUGCUGAUGACGGACGAGAGUAACUCCAGGGUGAUCUACGGCUACGGUAUCCCGCGGGACACGUCCUUCACCUUCAAGACCGGCGCCACCGUCGUCAACUGGACCGCCCCGACGGACACGAAGAAGGAGCGCGCCAAGAUCCUGCUGUUCCACGCUGCGACCUUCAGCUCGACGGAGUUGGCCGCGCAGUUCUACGACCUCGUGUCCGGCUGCCAGCAGAAGCUGCAGAAGGGCUGCGGUCCGAGCGAGGUGGCGAAAGAAAUCGAGAAGAAGACGUCGAGCGAGGGCCAAAACCAUUCCGCGGACAAGUCGCAGCUCCCGUUGUCGGAGCUGUUCAAGCCUCCGAGCGGCUCUUGGGAGUGCAACGGCUGUUACACCCGGAACAACGCCAGCAGCGUCAAGUGCGCGGCCUGCGAAGCCCCGUCGCCCUCGGCCGCGGGCAAUAAGACUUCCGGCUUCAGCGCGGCUGCGAACAGUCAGCCCGCCAAACCGCCUUUAUCCGAGUUAUUCAAGCCGCCGGCGGGCUCUUGGAGCUGCCCAGGCUGUUACAUUGUCAAUUCCGGCGCGAACAUCUACUGCGUCGCCUGCGACCAGCCCAAGGACCCGUCGCAGCCGCCCAAGCCGCAGCAGAACGUCUUCCGGCUGGGCGGUUCUGUCGCGACCACCGCCGCCCCGAUGACCACGUUCACCUUCGGCAUACCGAAAGACGCCGCCAAGGAGACGACCGGCCCCACCACCACCACUAUGAUCACCACCACCACCACCACCACCGGCUUCACCUUCCGUAUGCCGAAGCCGGAGGACAAAGAUGCGAACGAGAGCGUGAAGAUCAUCCCGGCGAGCCCGCCGCAAGCCAAAGCCGAGGAGACGGCCGGCAGCUUCGUGUUCGGCGGAGUACCGGCGAUAGCCGGCACCACCCUGAACUCGACCCCCGACUCUUCACCGUUCACCUUCGGCACGCCCACCAAGUCCUACGGCUUCAACUUCACGGCGCGAGCAUCCUCGAAGUCGCCCGGCAGCGCCGGCGGCGAGAACAGCGAGGACGAGGUGGUGGAGAGCGACGACAUCCACUUCUCACCGAUCAUCCCGUUGCCGGAUAAGAUCGAGGUGAAGACCGGCGAGGAGAACGAGGCGGUGAUUUACAGCCACCGGGCGAAGCUCUUCAGGUUCGACAGCAGCGUGAAGGAGUGGAAGGAGCGCGGACUGGGCGACAUCAAAUUGCUGCGGCACAAGGAGACCGGCAAGUUGCGGCUCAUCAUGCGGCGGGACCACGUGCUGAAGCUCUGCCUGAACCAUCUGCUGUCCGCCGACCUGGAGUUCACGGCCAAGGACGAGAAGACCUGGUUGUGGAACGCCGCGGACUACAGCGAGGGUGAGAUCGAGUACAUGCAGUUCGCCUGUCGCUUCAAGACGUCCGAGAUCGCGGAGGGUUUCAAGAGGGCGAUCGACGACGCGAAGAAGGGCGCGAAGCCGGCCGCCGGCGGCGCUGAGAAGCUGGACAAGUCGAUGACGAAGGCGGUCGGCUCGCCGACGCGAGAGAUCGAGAUUCUUUAUGAGGCGAAGGUCACACCGGAGGAGAAGGCGGCCGCUCUGAAGCUCCAGCUGCCGGAGAACUUCUACGCCUACAAACUGAAGGAAGACUGCCCGGGCUGCAGAGGCUGCAGAAAGCCGAGCAUAGUCCUGUUCCCGGACGCCGCUUCGACGCAGUCGGACAAGCGGAGGACGGCAGAGGAGAAGAAGCCGGCGAACACCGUUGUGGGCUUGAAAGCCGGCCCGGGCGUGAUAAUAACUUCUUCAUCGUCCUCGUCGGCCGAGGCAAAGGGUAACGAGGCCGCCGGCCAAGCGACCAUCCAGUCCACCGUAAAGAACGGCUUCUCCUUCGCCAUGUCGUCCGCCGCGACGCUCAAGACGACGUCGACCCCGACGUUCGCCACGUCGAGCGUCUUCGACGGCUCCGCAAUGAGCUUCGGUACUGCCGAUUUGAAGCUGUUCAACGACAAGAGGUCCACCACCUUCUCGUUCGGUAUGAACCCUCAGUUCGGCGCCAACGAGACCGCAGCGGAGAAGACAACGAGCGCGCCGGCGGACAAGCAAAACGUCCCGCUGCUGGAGAACAUGAAGAUCUGCGGCCCGACGAGCAGCACCCCGAGCACGCAGACCGGCACGUCUCCCGUCGUGACCACCGGCCAGACGAUAUUUAGCCAGAGCACGGGGACCACGACGGGAUCCAUCUUCAAGGCGCCCGUAUUCACCUUUGACAGCGGCAAGAACAUGUUCGGCGGCACCGACAAGUUCAGCAACGCGAAAACGCCCCUCUUCGGUACAGGCGGUGACGGCAACUCCUUGUCGUUCGCCAACACUUUCAACACUUUGAAGACGAGCACGGCCGCCAGCACGACCAGCUCCGUCCCGAAGACAUCGGCCGGCGUCACCAGCACCUUCGCCACCACUGGCUCGUCGUUGUUUGGCUUGCCGCCCAUGCAGCCGAGUUCCAAGGCCAGCGACGUCACAGUCGCCGCCACCACCAUCACCACCACCACCACCGUCGCCGCCACCAUCAUGCCCGUCACCACGUCGGCGGUCGCAUUCGCCAUGUCUAAUCAGCCGAACAACACGAUAUUCAGCGCCAGCUCGAUCACGCCCUUCUCGAAGAUGGCGUUCGGCAACAGUUCGACUCCUCUGUUCGAUAGCGCCCCUACGGUGACGGCGACGCCGGCCGCGAAUGUCUUCGAGGCGAAACCCUCGGACAGCGGCCAGAAGGAAGAGGACAUCAACAGCUUCUUACCGUCGAACAACAUGACGUUCACGGCACUAGCCGCCAACGUGGCGCAGACGCAAGCCUUCAAGAAAGAUCCGAACUUCUCGUUCGCUGGCGCGGGAUCGUCGGUGUUCGGCUCGAAGUCCGCCGAAUCGCUGAGUAGCCCGAGAUCGGCUCAAGACAGCUCGAGAUCGACGCGCGAGGAUUCCAUGCGUAAAGACGACAACGAGGAGGACGAAGGCGGCGAAGACAAUGAGCAGGAGCACGAUCCUUACUUCGAGCCCAUCGUCCCGUUGCCGGACACCAUCGAAGUGAAGACCGGCGAAGAAGACGAGGAGAAAGUGUUCUGCCAAAGGGCCAAGCUGUACAGAUACGACAGCGCGACGAAGGAAUGGAAGGAGAGAGGCAUCGGCGAGAUGAAGGUCCUGCACCACCCCGGAUACGGCAGCUAUCGUCUGCUGAUGCGCCGGGAACAGGUGUAUAAGAUCGUGUGCAACUUCUUGAUCACGCCGGACGUGACGUUCCGGCCGCUCUCGUUGUCGCAGCAGGCCUGGAUGUGGGCUGGGAUGAACCACGCCCAGGAGGAAUCGUCCAUCGAGCAGUUGGCGGUGAAAUUCAAGUCGCCCGAAUUGGCCAAGCAGUUCAAGGAACUCAUCGAUAAGAUCCAGCAGGAGUUGCGCGAGAAGGAGGAGGCGCAAGGUGACAGGUGUGUCAAUGAGGAGGUGGGAGAUGAUGAACCCGACCGGGAUGUGGACGAGGAGGAGGAAGAGGAGGACGAUGAGGAGGAAGACGAAGACGAUGAGGAAGAAGAGGACGAGGACGAUCAGGAGAUGGUGCUUAUAAUAGAGAAACGCGCCACCGUGUUCGCCAGGUGGCCCAAUGAGACCAAGUGGGAGAUUGUAGGCCUAGGAAACUUGGCAAUCCAUUAUGAUUCCGAGAUCUACGCGGAGAGGAUCGUGCUCAAGCUCGACGACUCGCAAGAGUACGCGAGCAACACCAUCAUCAGUAUGGAAACAGUGAUGCAGGUGGAGGGCAAGGAAUGUAUCUGGAGUGGAAUCGAUUAUGCCCUAGUCCCGCCGGUAAGGAGAGUACUGAGAGCGGUCUUAUCAUCGAUGCAAGCCGCGCAAGAGAUGCAGAAGUUUUUCGAGGAGGGAUUGGUGAGCGCGAAACAAGCGGGUGUCGUCGAAUAUCACGAGUGAUGCUUAGAGUAAUGCUUAAGAAUUGACUGUUACUACACCAUUCAUUAGCGUCCUAUUUUAAUUAUAAAUGUAAACGGAUUGUUCUUUUGGCCGCUUCACUCGAAUGUAAGGAGAGACUGUACUCAUUGUUAGAUCUUUAUUGUCUUAUGUAUACAUAGUUUUUUUUUAUUUUUAAGUGGAUUUAUAAGAUGCGAGUUAGAAGAGUGAGUACAACAGAAUUGUCUUUAUAUUCGCGUAUAGACAAGCACGAAUUUCCGUAGUGGAUAAUUUAUUUGUGCUGUGUAAGACGAAGCGUUAACUAUUUAUAACAAUAGGACGGUAAAAGAAUAAUAGAAAAUCAAACGCCACGACUUUUACUUCAUUCAUUCUUUAUAUAAGUAUACGUCUUUGGAAAAGGGAGGUCUUUGGAGAAGAAAAGAAACUAACAUGUGCCAACUGUGGAAACGCUUUCUACUUCGCAUUGAAAACAUUAUCUCGUAACUGUAAUUGAUAACUGUUAAAGUAGUCGAUAAUUAUCUCAGAAUUAUAUUUUCAAAUGGACAUAUUGAUGCAUUAUCAUCUGUGAGAAACACGUGUUAUAUAUAUAGACAUAUAUGUUUGCAAUGUGACUCUUGAUAUAUUAGCACAAAUACAUAUUGAUGACUUUUUCCACAUUGUAAUUUCAGUGUAAUCUUAAGCUUCACAAGACGUCGGUCGGGAUUAUAAAGUUCUGAAAUUACUGCAGCAAAUAAUAAUUAUUGUAAAUAUUAAGUGAUGCGAUCUUAUUUAUGGUUAAAGCAAGUAUCAAAUUGUUACACCGAAAUAGAGAAAUAGAAAUAUUCGAAUACGAAGAAAGCAUAGUCACUAAAUAAUAAAUAAUAAAUUGACAUCGUGCGUAACGUUAAUAAUUCAUUAGCAAAUUUUCAAUUACGUAAAUUUUUUCUAAGAGAAAGGUAAGUGGUGUCACCAGGGGAUUAGUUUAUCGUUCAAAAUACACUUAUUCGUUUGUAUUCAAAAACGAUAUACAGUUAUUGGAACAUUAGUGACUUAAUUACACUGCGUGUUUUAUAUGUAAUCUGAUUAUUCAACUCUGUUACGAUAAAUAUUUAAAGUAAGAUAAACUUGUGUGCUUAGAUUUAAAGUGAUGAAAAUGCUAAGAAUUGCGGCAAUUCCAACCUACGCCCAACACGGUGUAUUGUAAAAUAUAUAUGAUAUAUCCGAAAAUAUUAA